AGUGCGCUCACUUCACCUCUCAAGGUUUCUUUGUGCUCCGGCGGUCCGGCCUCAGACGACCCAGCAAUCGAGCAUGCUCAUCAACUGCGUUGCUGUCGAUGGCCUGCGUGUAUACCAUUGUAGUUGAUGUAGCAGUACACAUCACGGCGUUGUCCACACUAAUAACACGUGUCUCCCCACCGGAACACUGCCAUGGCGCGCAACAAGUUCUCGUCGUACCACCUCGCCGCGGCGCUCCGCCGCGAGCUGGACCCCGCCGCCGCGCUCCGCCUCUUUCUCAACCCUCCUGCCUCCGCGACGCCGUUCCGCUACUCGCUCCGCUGCUACGACCUCAUCAUCUGCAGGCUCGCCGCCGCGCGCCUCUUCCCGGCCAUGGAGUCCAUCCUCUCCCGCCUCGCUUCCUCCUCCUCCUCCUCGGGUCCCCGGCCCCGCGAGCAGCUCCUCUGCCGUGUCAUCUCCGCCUACGGCCGCGCCCGCCUCCCCGCCGCCGCGCGCCGCGCCUUCACGCACCCGGCCUUCCCCGGGCGGCGCACCGCUAGGGCCCUCAACACCCUUCUCCACGCCCUGCUCGACUGCCGCGCCCCUCUCCGCGACCUCCUUGUCGUCUGCCAUGACGCCGGGAUCCCGCCGGACGCGUGCACCUAUAACAUUCUCAUGCGAGCGGCGGCAGCGUCUGGCUCCGUCGACCACGCGCGCCAACUGUUCGACGAAAUGCUGCGACGGGGCAUCGCGCCCACUGUAGUCACGUUCGGCACCCUUGUUGCCGCGCUGUGCGAUGCUGGCCAACUGGAAGACGCGUUCGACAUGAAGGAAGUGAUGGUCAGGCAGUACGACGUGUUGCCAAAUGCAUAUGUGUAUACAAGUCUGAUGAAGGGCCUCUGUGAGAAAGGGGAUGUGGAUGCCGCGUUGAGGCUCAAGGAAGAGAUGGCAGGGAAGGCAGAUCUUGUGCUGGAUUCUGCUGUAUAUGCAACACUUGUACGGCCGUUGUUCCGGGUAGGGCGAAAAGGUGCGGUGGUUGGAUUGCUGGAGGAGAUGAAGGGGAGGGGGAUCGUGGCUGAUAGGGCGGUGUACAAUGCGAUGCUUGCAGGCUUUUGCAAGGAUGAGAAGGAUUUCGGUGGUGCAUUUGCAGUGCUUGACGACAUGCGGAAGAAUGGGUGCAAGGCGGAUGCAGUGAGCUAUAAUACAUUGGUUGCAGGGUUGUGCAAGUUGGGCCGGUGGCGGGAUGCGAGUGAAUUGGUUGAGGAUAUGCCAAGGCGGGGAUGCCAUCCAGAUGUGGUGACCUACAGAAUGCUCUUUGAUGGGAUGUGUGCUGCUGGGGAGUUUCUUGAAGCAAACCAGGUUUUGGAUGAGAUGGUUUUCAAGGGUUUUGCACCAAGCAAGGAUGGUGCACAGAAGUUUGUCGAGGGGAUUGAGAGGGAAGGAGAUGUGGUAUUGCUGGAGUCAGUGUUGUGCCGACUAGCGAAGGUGAAUGCUUUGGUGUCAAGUGGAUGGGAGAAAGCUGUAAGUGGGGUGCUGAAUGAAGCCACAGAGUUGAGGCUAGAGAAGCAGCUUGAUUCUUUAAGAAACCAUAGUGGAUUUGAUCAAUGCAAUUAGAGUAGCGAAAAAGUAGCAAGCAUGGUUUCUAAAGAAACAAAUUUGUUCAUCUGUUGUACAAGGCUGCCUUGCAGGUAGUAUUAUUAAAAAGGCAGAGAAAGAUUAAAAUUGGAACCUAAGGUGUGCAACUUAUUUGAGUGAAGUUAGUUUUGCAUAAGAUUCAAAUAUAGGAUGGAUCUAUUGCAAAAAAAAAGAAUCUUCAUGUUUGCACAUGGUCAUAUAUAUUUUAGUUUUUGUGGCAUGCUUCUAAAUAUAUUGUUAUUUUGUUCCCUUGCAGACAUUGACAAUAAAUGUGUUCUUUGGAA